GUUUGCGAAGAACGCGGGGACUGGUGCAGCGUAAAAUGUCAAAUUGCUGGUGGACGUGACGGCUAUUGCAACAAAGCAAAAAUAUGCAAUUGCCGGCAAUUGUAAACUGAAUUUCAACAUGCU